AUGCUCGGCGAGCUGGGUUCAGAGCAUGCAAUCCGCACCCUGCGCCUGGAGGCCGCCGCCUCCGCGGCAGAGGCUCGCCGGGCACGCCAGGCGGAGCGCGCGAUGCAAGUGGAGCUGGCGGCCAAGCGGGACCGGGCGGAGAGGCUGAGGAUGAUGCAUGAGGAGGCGUGCGCUGAGCUGGCACAGGGGCGACAGGAGGCGGAGCGCCAGCUGGACAUGUAUGACGAGAUGGUGGAGCGUCUGGAAGAAAGGGUGCAGACACUAGAAAAUGAACGUCUUGAGCUGGGCACCUACCUGCAGGAGACGGGCCAGCUGGAUGGUGAAGCGGAGGGUGACACAUGA